CCUCUCCCGCCGGUCGGGCUCACAACUGAAGAGUCCAUCGAUGCGAGAAAAGCUGUCUUCGCGUCACUCCCGUCACCUAUGGAUAUGCCAGACGACGAUAUUAAACCUAUCGUGCUUCCACAUCCAUAUACGCUGCAUGAGCUUCUUGGAAACGCGCCCUUGGUUCGUGCUCGUUCUAUGGCAAGUGCAAUACUGAUAUCAAUGCUCUCCCAGUAUAGACUUCUGUACGACCUUACGACAUACUGGUGCCCGGACCGUGAGGAGCAUGGAUACUACCUAGCCCCUAUCUUUCGGUGCAGCACGAAUCCUCGUGUUACCACUGCGCAUAGAUGGGGUGGUGUCGAUGUCAUCGGUCCUUCCUCUGAACCAAUUGAAUGCUUUUACAACACGGAUGGCAAGUGGUACUACGCUGGCGUAUAUAGACUGUUCCGCAUGGACGACCUCACCACGCAGGAAUGGGAUGCCCUAUCACACGAAGCGACUCAGGCUCUGAUCAAAGAGACGAUAGCGGCCCGCAAGAACGUCUCCCCUCAAACCCUCUACGAGAUCGGCCAGCUGUACGCUGCUGGCGCCCUCAGAAUCGGAUGCGUCGGACUGCAAUGUAUCGGAUUCAACGCGCCCCUCUACUCGGCCAUCCGCGAGUACGCCGACACGCUGACCCGUGCGCGCAAGCUCAGCGCGGACAGCACGCGCUCGGCGGGCUCGCCGUUCCGCGCGCCUAUCGGACCGGGACCCGGCUCGCCUCGGCCCUUCGGAUCACCGAGGAUCGCGCCCGGCGCUGCGUCGCCGCUGCCUGCCCCGAUCGGCACUGGCUCGCCCAGGCGCUCUCGUGUCGCGUCCCCGAUGCCUGCGCCUAUUGGCUCUCCGAGGUCUGCUAUGGGAUCGCCGACGCCGAUGCCGAGACCGAUUGGAUCUGGGUCUCCGCGGCUGGGGAGCCCGAGGCCUCCUACGAUGAGGAAGGGGAGCAACGUGCCUCCGCCUGGGAUCGCUUGA